CUGACACACCGUCAAAUCGUUCUUGUUUGUCUUGUAUUUGCUCUGAAACGGUGUUUUCUCAUUUUUGUAUUCAAUGUUGUCAGGUCAUAUGUGACGUCCUUUUCCGAGCAAUUGAGUUUCGUUCGCUUAUGACCCAGCAUGCAUCCUUGUUCUUGUGACACCUUUGUGGCUCUGCCGCCUUCCACCGAAGGACAACGCAUCAUUUUUGGAAAGAAUUCCGACAGGCCUUGUGAUGAAGUCCAAGAAGUGCUUUAUUUCCCUGCCACAGACUAUGAGCCGGGGGCAAAGGUCGAGUGUACUUACAUCCAGAUAGAGCAAGUUGCCCACACAUAUGCAAUUGUAUUGAGCAGACCGGCCUGGCUGUGGGGCGCAGAAAUGGGCGCAAAUGAACACCAAGUUUGUCUUGGGAAUGAGGCUGUGUGGGGAAGAGAGAAUCCCAAUGACAAGGAGGCACUCCUUGGCAUGGAUCUCGUCAGGCUUGCAUUGGAGAGAGCCGACACUGCUGAGAAAUGUGUGGACAUCUUAGCCGAGCUUCUGGAGAAAUAUGGCCAAGGAGGAGCUUGCUUAGAAGAACAAUGUGACUUCACUUACAACAACAGCUUCCUGAUGUCGGACCGGAAGGAGGCCUGGGUGAUGGAGACCUCUGGCAAGCACUGGGCUGCUGAGAGGAUAGAAGGUGGAUAUCGCAACAUUUCAAACGAGUACAGCAUCACGACCAAGAUUGACAAAGAACAUCCGGACCUGCGCAAAUAUGCACAACGUAAAAACUGGUGGAACGGAAAGUCUCAAUUCAACUUUGCCGCCGUCUACUCCUACAAGAACACGUCCAGAAUCGAAGCGUCCGGCAGUCGAUACUGUGAAGGGAAGAAACUGUUGCAAAAGAGUAAUGGGUACAUCACCGCCCAGACGAUGAUGGACAUUCUGAGGGACAAAGACAGUGGCAUCAACAUGGAGGGCAUGUUCAUGACAACCGGCAGCAUGGUGUCGGUGGUACCCGUUGAUCCAGCUCUGCCGGGGGUUCACUAUUUUACCGCCACUCCGGACCCCGAAAGAUCAGUCUUCAAACCCUUCGUCUUUGUUGAAAACAUGAGGGUGGAGCUAAAGGAGACCGCUUCCCCCACAUAUGGCCCAGAGGACCCAGUAAAGAAGAAUCCUCGCUUCCAGAGCAAGCCGGACAGAAAGCACAACUUAUUCGCCAAGCACGAGGUGGCGGCCGCCAUCAUUGAAACACACAAGGAGCGAGGAGGGCGGAUCACGCGCGGCCUGAGGAGGUUGGAAUGUGAGAGAAUAAAACAGAUGGAGGAGAUUCUUUAUCGUGGCGUCGAGCAGCCCGAUGCUUUGUUGGAUCUGUUCCCCAGCGCCGUGAGGGAUGAGAUGAAGCUUUACAGCGGCGGCGUCAACGUCCAGGAAUCGAACGUUCGGGACACAGCGGCACUAGGAAACACGUCAACUGUCACCACAACGUGAAAGUCAAAAUACAUCGGAAAGUACGUCAUUAAUGACUUUGCACACGAACCGCGGCGUACAAUAUGUGCAAACCUUUAUUCAAAACAAUCCAUAAAUAAGCAAGCACCGUACAAAAUGUGGCGUUAAGUCCAUACAAAUAUUUAUAAUUAUCCACUUAACAUUUUCAAAAUGAAACAAUAUUGAAACUUGCGAUUCUAUUUGACCUGAGCAAAAAUAAAGUUCAUUUCCCUGCCUUGCA